AUGCGAGCAUUUGCUAUACUCUUUACACUUUCCAUCUUGGCUGUGCAUGUCUCAAGCCAGGUUCCAUCUUUCCCUCUUGGGCAUAGGCAGCGUCCUCAUGACGAAGAAGCGGCGAUUCCACUUUCAACGCUAGAACAUCCCAACUCACCGAGCGCUGCCCGUCUUCCUCCCGAUGCCGCUUCUGAUGCACCAGAUGGACGCCCUUCAUUCCAUACUUCUCCGCAGGGUGGUUCUUCGUCGAUGCAGCCAGCUCAGAUCGGAGUGACGCCGCAGGAUGCUGCUGUCCAUGUACCCCAAUCAUCUACUAGCAGAUUCCCGACCAAAGAGCAAGCCCGUCAAUGUAUUCGUUAUAUCGGUCAUGGGUGCUUCGUCAUGGAGCUUAUUAGCAGCACGUCGAAAAGUUGCUCCACGUCGAAAAGAUCCUGCGAUAAAGUCGAAAAGUGUGACGAGAACGUGAUCAGCAUUAGCGUUGGCUUUGAUGGCCUACACGGAUGGAUCGUUAUAGCGCAACCGGAGGCUGGGCAACUUUGUUACAAAGGUCCCACGAAAGUGGGUACACGUGAUGUUCCGGAAGGAUUGGAACGCUGCGACUGUGGUCAAGCGGUCGGCGAAUUUUCUGACCCCGAUCACAAAAGUCCCGGCAAACCUUCCGGAGAGCACAAGAAGAGGACUAUUUCAAGAAUUUCGUAUCAACGUCGAAUUGCUAGCUGGGAUUCGGACGAUGAGUAG